GAAGGAGGGAUGGGGGGGCAGGAGUCUGCAGGAUAUAAGGAGCCUCUGCUGAACUCACCUCACAUCCCACUGAAAUAUCACCCACCGCUGCUGGAGCCUAGAACACAAAGGCAGAAAGAAACAUGAGUAACUCACUGCUGAAGAUGCUGGGCACCUUGAUGUGCGUCCUGGCCGCCUGCGCCCAAGUCGUGCCUGUGAAAGACUUCAACCUGGAGAAGAUGACGGGCAAGUGGUUCAUUGUCGGUUUUGCCACCAACGCUCAGUGGUUUGUGAACCACAAGGCAGGAAUGAAAGUGGGCACUGCCAUAUUUGCACCAACUACCGAAGGAGACCUGGAUCUGUCUUACGCCAACUUGAAUGCUGAUGGUAGCUGCUGGAGAAUGACUCAUCUUGCUCAUAAAACUGAAACUCCCGGACGCUUCACCUUCCACAGCCAGGUUUGGAACAAUGAAAACGACAUGCGCAUUGUUGAGGUCCAGUAUGAAGAGUACGCUCUGGUUCACACCAUCAAGACAAAGGAGGGAGUGUCCGAGGUCCUCAAUAAGCUCUACAGUCGUACUCAGGUGGCCAGCGCUAGCCAGCGAGAGAGGUUCACCAAGUUCUCAGAGGAGACCGGCAUCUUGACCGACAACAUCGUUAUCCUGCCUGAAAAUGCUGAAUGUCCACCAGUCUGAGGAGUCCCCCACCGUCCUCUGUCCUUCAUUCUCUCACUGUGUCGUCUGCUGCAUUUUGCUGCCGUUCCUGCUGCGAACCAAAGAGUCCAUACGGGUCCUCUUUCUCUCAAACUGCAUCAACAGUGGCAUUAGAGAGGAGCAAUAAAGACCUGACUAGGGAGACAAUGCAUUUUGUAACUGCUUUUCUGUUUUUUUACUGAUUUGUCUUUUGGAAAUGAACUCAAGUACAAUAAAAUUGAUAAAACAAGA